AUGACCAAGCCCACGACGGACCCUCCGAGCCAAGCCUACCUCGCGAAGAAGCGUGAAGCGAUGGCAGCUGCCUCGUCCUCGCCCAGUGGUGCCACCUCACUCCCGCUCGACGGCACGGCCGGCGGACCGGCGGACCUCGACGCCUGGGCUCUCGCCUGCGACGCAGCCGCGACUGCGGCGGAGAGCUGGCCGACGGCGCUCACCUCUGCGACGGGCGCUGCCGUCAAGACUGGCUUCGUCGAGGGGCCGUACGCGACUGGCAUCCGGUCGGUGCUGUGGAUACAGGACUUUGAGGCGUCAAAGCUGGAUCGCGUGGUCGCGCUCCUCGGUCCGCCAUUCGAGUCGGUCAUCCGCAACGCGCCGCUCUGGGACGGGACGUUCCAGUCGGCCGACGUCGUCGGCGCCCCGGCCGCCGACGUCAAGACG